AUGUCUGUGCUGUCCAGCAAUCAUUCAGCCUUAUCACAAGAAACCCACAGCACUUACAGUGCUGGAACAACUUCUGAAUCAAGGAUGCCACUUGUAUAUGAAGAGUCAGUCUGUGAGAGUCUCUCUUCUAAACCUGGAAUGGAAACCUACCUUGUGUCAGAAUUCCCAGAAGAGGAUAAAGAAUCCAUUUACAAAAAUCCAUUUACAGUUCCUCCAGAUAUUGAUAUUUUUGCAAUAAGGAACAAGGAAAGAAAAAAGGCAAAGGAGGAACGUGAAAAGAUGAAGACCAUGAAAAUUCAUGAGAAAAUGACUUACUCUGCUAAAAACAAGGCAAAGGAAAAGGGGUUUAGGAAAGCUUUGCAAAAGGAAGAGGAAGAAGAAAACAGAAAACAGGCAACAGAUGAAGAGAGACUGAAAGCUCUUCAGGAGUGUCUUUCAUGGAAGAUAGCCAUUAAAAAAGAUUAUCCACUAGAAAAAGAAACUUUCCGUGACUACAUAAAUGAUAGAAGAGAGAUAUUUUUACUUGAGUAUGCCAUAGCAGUAAAGAAAGAAGAGAUUCAAAAGUUGGAGAACAUAGCAAAAAAAGAGGAAAGAAAACUGGAAAAGGCUGAAAACAACCUGGAGAAGGAUAUUGCCGUAUUUGAUGAGUUCCUGAAGGAGAACCAUAAAAGCUCCAUUCAAGCCCUGAAAAUUGCUGAAAAAGAAUCCGCAGUGAAAGCAAAGAAAGUAGUAGAGAUCCACGCAAUUAGUUCCCAAAUAAUGAGCCUCCAAAGUGAUAUAACCAGAUUUGAGAAUUCUCUGCGAGAGUACAAGAUGUACAGAGACUUCCUCUAUCAGCUAUCUCCAAAAGAAUGGCAGGAGGAAUAUGAAAAAAAGCGUGAAAAGAAGUUGAAAACAGCAUCCAAAGCUGACAAAGGAAGUGCCUUGGAGAAGGGUAAGUGCCAUGGCAGAACUGCCCACUCCUUUAUAGUGCAGCCUCGUGCUCCAGCUGUCCAUCUCCUCUUGUGUCCAGGCCAGGGUCUGACCAUUGGGAUGAGUGUAAGUGGUAUAGAUGUGCCAGUUUCUCUGCCGUCUGCAGAAAGUUUGAACACAAGUUUAUCAUCGGGGACCAGACCACGGCUCAAAAGCCUCCUGAAACCUCUCACAACAGAAAAUCUAAAUUCAUCGGAGGAUCAAGAGAGUGAAGCCUGCUCGGAUGAAGAUGAGGAGCCUGAGCUGUAUUUUACUGACCCUCAACAACUGCUGUCUAUUUUAACGGAAAUGGAGGAACAGAAUUUCUCCUACCUCUGUGAUUUCCAGAAGACAGAGAAAGAAAUGAAUGAGUUUCAACACAUCUUCAUCAACACACAAAAAAGGAAGGAUCGGGAGAGAACGCAGCUGAAAGAAGUUUUGCUCACCUUGAAAUCCACUGUCACCAAAUUGGAAGAGAGAGCAGCAGACCUGAAGCUCAGAGUUGAAGACUUUUCCUCAGAACGUGAAGCUGAUGUCCAGGAUAAAAUGCUUGCAAGCUUGAGAAAAAAAGUGAGGGAGAUCUAUGGUCAAUGCAUUGGAGAAAUCAGGGAAGGCAUGGAGACAGUGGAGAUGCUAGCAGCAAUAGAAAAAAAGCUCAUUGAGUUACUGGACAACCUGGAAAGAAUUCCACCUGCAAAGAUAGCAGAGAUUGAAAAAGCCAAGAAAAAAGAACAGAGAAUGAGGCUGAGAGAGGAAAAGGAACAACAGCGGAAGCAGAUGCAGGAGGAGAAACUGCAACGGGCCCUGGAGAGAGCACAGGCAAUCAUGCAGAAAAAGACCGGCAGAAGGCUGAUGUUCCGUUCCAGCCCACCUGCCAGGAAGGAAAAGAAAAAGCGCAACCAAGAACAAAGGGAUAAGGAGAAAGAAGAAAUACUGUACUAUUUUACCUGACAGCACAGCUUUUACUACUUAACAUAGGGUUGACAGCACUCUAGAAAAAGGUUUCUGUAGCUCCAGUCUGAGCUUAAGCUAUUUGCAGUGUGAGAACAUCAUGAACUUCACGAAACUCCUCCUACCUCUGCAAGACCCAAAGGAAAGGAGCGUCAGGCAACCACUCAUUGUUUUUCUUAACUAAGGAAAU